CAAUAAUGCCCAUUGUUCGGUAAGAAGAGAUAGGAAAAUAGUUCUUUUAAUGCCUGAAAGAUGAAAUGAGAAAAUCAUGUGUUUUAGUUGACAAAAACUUCGUACUCUGUACGUGAUUAGAUAAAAUCUGAUUAAAAUAGUUUCAUUUUGUUAGCAAUUUAUUUAUUUAACUCGUUCUCGAUAUUAAUUACGUUUCUCCGAUACUAAGGGAUGGCUGAAAAAACUACUGAGGUACAGAAAGUUCGAGAAGGUCUAUCACCUCGUCAUAUACACAGACUAUACGGGAAAGCUCGAAGUAUCAAUUUUUUUAAAACGAAAAUUUCCAAAAGUUAUCAAAAAUGGGACAAAGAAGCGACAGAAACUAUAAAAUUCUUAAAGGAAGUAGAAAAUUCAUUAAAAAAUUAUUCAAAAGCAACAGAAAUUGCGAGUAUAGUUGGAGAAGCCAGUUCCAUUAUUGGAGCUAUCGCUUCCCUUUCUGGAAUCUUUCUUUUGAACGAUGCAAAGACGGCUGAAACUUUCAAACGUGUAGGAAAAUGCUUGACAGUAGCAGGAAGUGUAACUGUUAAAGGUUCUACUAUUCUUAAUAAACAACUGACGAAGAACCGCUGUAAUUCAGUUGAAAGAACCUUGGAUGAAUUAAAGACACUUACACAAGAACUAGAAGAUGGAAGAAAGGAAUAUUUCAGACUAGUGAAAGAAUUUGAAACAAUAUUGGAUGAACUAAACGAAAACGAAUUGAAAAGCCUUCAUUAUUAUUUAGAAGAAAAUAAGCUCGAAAAUGUGAUGAACGACGUUGAUUUAGAUGCUUCUGUUAUAAACAAUAUUCCUCCCAUUAUAAGAGAAAUGGAUCGCUUGAAGAUAAGAGAAGAUAUACUUAAUAUAGAAAUUUUAGAAUUUAAUCUGAUACCGAAAAUUUCGGAAGAAAUAAAGAACAAUUCAAUAAUGAAAGAGAUUUUGUCCAUGAAAUGUAAAUAUGUACCAUCUAUAAAUGGCGAAAAUGCCAUCAAGGGUGUUCAAGCUGUUUCCAGCAUAAAAUCUAUGAUGAGUGUCGUUGACUUAAUACCAAUUGAUAACAAAAUACACAAAUUUAACAAUUUAUCGUUUAUUAAUGGCCUGUCUAAUAUAUCUUUGCUAGUUGAAAGCAUAAUUAGUCUUUUUAUCCUCAUCUCCAGCCGAGGUGAAGUGAGUGCUCAGUGUGAAGAAAUUGGGCGUAUUGCAAAUGAAUUGGAAGAAUAUAGAUCACAUAUUAAGGAUAUUUUACGUGAGUCGCUACAAUGGCAUUUUGUCGAAGAUGAUUUAGUUUCUAUCGAAGAUGGAAAUCGUCUUAAGAGUGACUGAAUAUCUUUUAUGCUUUUAUAUCUAGUCAAAAAUAAAAGUUACGUGUCAGAGCUUUGAAAGUUCAUAACGGUUGGUUCUUUGAAGUGAAAUUGUAAACUGUAUUCAGUCAGAGAAACUUGAGAUUAAAUUGAUUUUUUCUAUUAUAAAAUUCAGAAAUGCAGUAGAAUAUUUCGACCGAAACAAUUAAAUUUUAUUCGUUAAUGUUUUCUGUUUACUUUAUUAUAUUUGAUACUUAAUUGUUAGAUAUUAAUGCCAUGUUCGUAAAGUAUAUUAUUGAUUACAUUUUCAGUUAAUGAAUUUGAAUGAUACACUUUAUUCGAUAUAUCAUAUCCCAUUAACACAUGCCAAUAAUUGUAAUUUUAAUAAUGAUAAUAAAUAAUUUACAUACUUAUUUGAAUAAAUUUGUUCAGUCAUUCAUGAAUAUUGUGAAGAUUCUUGCAUUCCGGGCAUUAGGUCUUAUAAGUUUUUCAUCCCCUCUCAAUUAUUCGAUGGCUCAAAAGUCUUAUAACCACUAGACAGAUGACAUUGAGAAACCCGAAACGAUGUUUAUCGAUGUAGUUCGCCUGGGCGAGCAGUUUGAGCAGUAAUAUUUCACAAAUGAUUUAGUUUCGUUUAGUUUAAUUUAAAGUAAAUAAAUUAACUAAACUAAAGUAAAAAGUAAAAAAUAAAAUGAAUUGGCAUUUAAGCUUAAAAAAUAUUCGAUAAAUAUGAGUCACUGAAAUUUAAAUCCUUUGAGAUUUUGUCCAGUGUGAACUGAGGGGACUGAUCUCAAACAUAACGUCGGUGAGUCGCUUGACACGGCUAAAGAA